AUGUCUUUUGAAUUGACAUUUCUUGGAACGAGUGGUGGUCCACUUGAAGGAAACACAUGCUCCAUCCUUCUUAAAUCAGCCGAUAUAUCGUACGAAACCAUUCUUGAUUUAAAUAUCGAAGAGGAUAAUAGCCUAUCUGUCCGAUCUAACAGCCAAGACGAGAGUAGAAAGAACUCGGCGACUUCCAAUGUUAGCACUACAAGCACUACAAGUACCACAAGUACUAAAAGUACUAAAAGUACCACCUCACUAACAAACCUUGAUCCUUCUUUAAGACUGUAUAAGCUUGAUGAGCUCAUAUGUGUUGAUGCUGGAUCGGGAAUGGGUAAAUUGACAGAAAUAAUUCUCCAAGAAAGUAAACUUCAAAAGUCCAAUUGUAAUCUCCUCGACUAUUACUCGGACUCCGAGUCAAUAAAUUUUUACUACCAUCCUAGUAUUCAGAUCACUACACCCUUUAUCCAUUUUAAACAACCAAAUACGAUAAUGUACACCAAAUCGAUUUUCCAAAGGCUUUCUAAUUUCCUCAUUUCACAUCCACAUUUAGACCACGUAAGUUCAUUAGUGAUCAACUCUGCCGGAUUUGCAACUAAUAAUCCGCCUAAACAAGUAUGGGGUAGUAAAUACACUAUAAAUUCACUACAAAAUCAUUAUUUUAAUGGGGUAGUAUGGCCCAAUAUGCCAAGCUUUGAUAUCUUGCGGCUCAAUCAAAUGAAGUAUAAACAGAGUAAUAAUGUGGGACGGUUUAAAGUGAAAAUGUUUCCUUUGAGUCAUGGAGAAUUGAACAUCAUUACCAAAAAAGAAAAAAAUGGUGGAAAAGAAAAUGAACUUUCAUUGGAAAUAACAGGAAAUCGACGACACUCAAGUAUAACCACUAUCCCGCCAGGGGUGAAUGACGACGAAUAUAUAAAGACAAAAUUGAGCAGCAAACUUGGUGGCAGUUCAUCAACUAAUACGCUAAGUUCUUUGAACAUGCAACCUUUGGAGUCGUACCCUGCUUCCCCUACAAAUACAACCAAUCCAACAAAACCACCAGUAUCUGAUUCAGUUUUAGAGCCGGCUUCAAUGGCAACGACAUUGCAAAAUACAUCUUCUCAACCAACAAAUGGAUCCAAGUCAAACUCAAACGAUUCAGUAUCGCAUCUAAAUUACAACCUCACAAUUUGGAAAGAAGCAGCUGCGCCAUUGAUUAUCUCAGGUCGGUUACGUGCCAUUGUUGUUGAGUGCUCAAAUAGUUUUGAAAUCGAUGAGAAUAAGCUAUAUGGCCAUCUAACACCAAGGCAUGUAGUUAAUGAGUUAAAGGUAUUGGAAAGAGAAUGUAGACUUUUACUUGCCGAGCGCAGUCAGGGUAGCCCGCCAAGUGAGGUUCGAGAACCCGAGAUUUUUGUUACAGAAAAUAAGAAGGAAAGUGACUUUGAAAAGAGCUUUAAAUCCACCACGCGAAAUUUAGAUCAACCAUUACGGGGUCUAAAUAUCAUUAUCAAUCAUGUCAAGGAACCGCUAUUAUCAAAUUAUAGACAGAUAAGAGACCCGCGAAAACAAAUCUUGUUAGAGCUAAACAAGCUCAACGAAGAAGAGAAACUUGGUGUUUACUUUUCAGUUGCACUUAGCGGGACUUCGAUUAUAAUUUAA